AGAGGCCAAUCAGAACCUGGGGUGUUUUGUGUCCGGUGCAAGGGGUCGCAACGUCUGCCGGCUUUCCUUUCCGCGGUCUCUCUUGGCUGAGCGGUUUCUGGAUCUCACUGCAAUGGCGGAGCAGCAGCAGUUCUACAUCUUGCUGGGCAACCUAAUGAGCCCUGACAACGACAUCAGGAAACAGUCCGAGGAAGCUUAUGACACCAUCCCUGGUCAGACAAAGAUCACAUUUUUGCUGCAGGCCAUCAGAGAUGCAGCCUGCGCAGAAGAGGUCAAGACGAUGGCGGCGGUGCUGCUACGUCGGCUGCUGUCGUCCUCCUUUGAGGAGAUCUACCCCGGCCUGACGGUGGACAUGCAGAUGGCCAUCAAGACAGAGCUGGUCACCAGCAUCCAGACAGAGGCCUCGCCCAACAUUCGCAAGAAGGUCGCCGACAUCGCUGCAGAGCUCUGCCGCAACCUCCUAGAUGAUGAUGGAAACAACCAGUGGCCAGAACUGCUCAAGUUCCUGUUUGACUCGGUCAACUCUGACAACGUUGGCCUGAGAGAGGCCGCCCUGCAUAUAUUCUGGAACUUCCCAGGUAUCUUUGGCAACCAGCAGCAGCACUACAUGGAGGUGAUCAAGAGGAUGCUGGUCCAGUGUAUGCAGGACCAGGAGAACCCACAGAUCCGUACCCUAGCUGCCCGCGCUGCAGCCUCCUUCGUCUUGUCCAACGAGGGCAACACUGCCCUGCUGAAGCACUUCUCUGACCUGCUGCCAGGCAUCUUGCAGGCGGUGAAUGAGUCGUGCUACCAGGGAGAUGACUCCGUGCUGAAGUCUCUGGUUGAGAUAGCUGACACGGCCCCCAAGUACCUGCGACCCAACCUGGAGGCCACCCUGCAGCUCAGCCUGAAGCUGUGUGCUGACACCACCCUGACCAACAUGCAGAGGCAGCUGGCCCUGGAGGUUAUCGUCACGCUGUCCGAGACCGCCGCCGCCAUGCUAAGGAAACACACCGCCAUCGUGGCAUCCAGCGUUCCCCAGAUGCUGGCUAUGAUGGUGGAUCUGGAGGAGGACGAGGAGUGGUCUAUGGCUGAUGAGCUGGAGGACGAUGACUUUGACAGCAAUGCAGUUGCAGGAGAGAGUGCUCUGGACAGAAUGGCCUGUGGGCUGGGAGGAAAGAUGGUGCUGCCCAUGAUCAAACAGCACAUCAUGACUAUGUUGCAGAACCCUGACUGGAAGUACCGCCACGCCGGCCUCAUGGCUCUGUCUGCCAUCGGGGAGGGCUGCCACCAACAGAUGGAGGCCAUCCUCAACGAGAUCGUCAGCUUCCUGCUACUGUUCUGUCAGGACCCUCACCCCAGAGUCCGCUAUGCUGCAUGCAACGCCAUCGGGCAGAUGGCCACCGAUUUCGCCCCCACCUUCCAAAAGAAAUUCCACGAUAAGGUGAUCUCUGCCCUACUGCAGACCAUGGAGGACCAGACCAACCCCCGUGUUCAGGCCCACGCUGCCGCGGCCCUUAUCAACUUCACUGAGGACUGUCCCAAGUCCCUCCUGAUCCCCUAUCUGGACAGCCUGGUCCAGCACCUACAUGUCAUCAUGGUGGCCAAACUACAGGAGCUGAUCCAGAAGGGUACCAAGCUGGUUCUGGAGCAGGUGGUGACGUCCAUAGCGUCUGUGGCGGACACGGCUGAGGAGAAGUUUGUUCCCUACUACGACCUGUUCAUGCCCUCCCUCAAACACAUCGUGGAGAACGCAGUGCAGAAGGAGCUGAGGCUGCUCCGAGGGAAGACCAUCGAGUGCAUCAGCCUCAUCGGCCUGGCUGUCGGCAAGGACAAGUUCAUGCCUGAUGCGUCAGCUGUGAUGCAGCUGCUGCUGAAGACCCAGACCGACUUCAAUGACCUGGAGGAUGAUGACCCACAGAUCUCCUACAUGAUCUCAGCCUGGGCCAGAAUGUGUAAGAUCCUGGGGAAAGAGUUCCAGCAGUACCUACCUGUGGUCAUGGGGCCCCUAAUGAAGACUGCCUCUAUCAAGCCAGAGGUGGCCCUCCUGGACACCCAGGACAUGGAGAACAUGUCAGAGGAUGACGGAUGGGAGUUUGUGAACCUGGGAGACCAGCAGAGCUUCGGCAUCAAGACAGCCGGGCUGGAAGAGAAGGCCACCGCCUGCCAGAUGCUGGUGUGCUAUGCCAAAGAGUUGAAGGAAGGGUUUGUAGAGUACACAGAACAGGUGGUCAAGCUGAUGGUUCCUCUGCUCAAGUUCUACUUCCACGAUGGUGUGCGGGUGGCAGCAGCAGAGUCCAUGCCCCUGCUACUGGAGUGUGCGCGGGUACGAGGCCCAGGCUAUCUCACACAGAUGUGGCACUUCAUGUGCGACGCCCUCAUCAAGGCCAUUGGCACAGAGCCAGACUCGGAUGUCCUAUCAGAAAUCAUGCAUUCGUUUGCCAAGUGUAUUGAGUUAAUGGGAGAGGGCUGCCUGAACAAUGAGCACUUUGAAGAGCUGGGAGGGAUCCUGAAGGGGAAGCUGGAGGAACACUUUAAGAACCAGGAGCUGAGACAGGCCAAACGACAGGACGAGGACUACGACGAGGGGAUGGAGGAAACUUUACAAGACGAGGAUGAAAACGAUGUGUACAUACUGACCAAAGUGUCAGACAUUUUGCACUCUGUGUUCAGCAGCUACAAGGAACAAGUGCUGCCGUGGUUUGAGCAGCUUCUGCAGCUCAUCGUACAGCUCGUGUGUCCUAGCAGGCCAUGGGCAGACAGGCAGUGGGGUCUGUGCAUCUUUGACGACGUGGUCGAGCACUGCAGCCCCUCUUCCUUUAAAUACGCUGAACUCUUCCUGCGGGCCAUGGCCCUGUCGCUGUGUGACACCAGCCCUGAAGUGAGACAAGCUGCAGCCUACGGCGUAGGAGUCAUGGCUCAGUACGGAGGAGAGAACUACCGACCCUUCUGCACCGAGGCCCUGCCCACGCUGUUGGGCGUGAUCCAGUCUCCAGACUCCAAGGUCAAGGAGAACGUCAACGCCACGGAGAACUGCAUCUCAGCCGUGGGCAAGGUCAUGAGAUUCAGGCCUGAGUGUGCCAAUGUCAACGAGAUCCUUCCCCAUUGGCUCUCCUGGCUGCCACUCAACGAAGACAAGGAGGAAGCCGUGCACACCUUUGAUUUCCUUUGUGACCUUAUCGAAAGCAACAAUCCUAUUGUCCUCGGACCAGACAAUGCAAAUCUGCCCAAGAUAUUCCAGAUCAUCGCUGAAGGGGUCGCCAAUGAGUCGGUCAAGAGUGAGGAUGCAUGCAGCAAGAGAUUGGCAAAUGUCAUCCGCCAAGUGCAGGGAUCUGGAGGACUGUGGACACAGUGUGUAGCGAUGCUGAAUGAGACUCAACAGAAGGCCAUCCAGGACCUCCUCAACACCGCUUGAGAAGCCUUAUCCCCUUCCUUUGUUUGUUGGAAAGCAACAAGACCAUGUUUAAACAUCUAGCUCCUGGAUCUCCUCCUUCCUAGAUCACCACCUCCUUUUCCAGCUCUGAUCUGUAGCGUGUGUGUGGACUUCACUGCGGCCUCCUGCCGCCCCCCUCCCUAUCCCCUCAGUCAGUCUCCCCUGCACUCGACUAACUGUAGGGACCAGGUUGGUUUGUCUGUGAGCGACUGUCAAUGAGACCCCGCCCCCUCCAGAGGAUGACCCCUCCCCUUUAAGUCACUAAUGUGUUGACGCCCACUGGAGCGGUCUACACCCUCUUCUUCCUGAAUCCUGACGGUUGGAGCGUUGUUGGUCUCACCUGCACAAAGGGAAAACAAAUGAACACAAGUAUUAAUCCAGUUUCUUCUCCAUCCUGUUAGACUGUUCAGAAGUAUCUGGUCUUGAUGAAAUUGACUUAACCCUUUCCACGACAAGUUUAACUGGUGUAGUUGUGCUCUGUGGAACCAUGUGAAAAUGUCAUGUUUACCCAGGUGUUAGAAACUCCUAGAAGUGUCAGACUUGGUAGGACCCAGAUGCUGUAUGAGGAGUCUUGACUGGGAACUAGAAGGGGUGGGAUAGUGUACAUGUCAUGGUGACCUCUUCCUGCCUCUAUGAUUUUUUUUUUUUGGAUUUUUUUUUUUUCUCUAGGCUUUUUUUGUUUGUCUUUCUGACGGAGCCCCACAGUGGCACCUGGAGGAAACUGCCUCUGUAUGCCACCGGCUCACUGAUCUGAAUCUGUCUAUUAUCAAGACUAACAGCAUGUGUGUCAGUGGCUAACUUGAGCUCUCCUUUAAUAAAUGAGUGAGAGGGAAUCAUGAUUAUCUGUCUGGGAGAUUUAAAACAAACCCUUAGGUGUUAUUUUCCUUUCCUUGAAACCCUGUAGAAAGGUUUGUUCAUGGAAAAAAUACACCCAUUGAAUAUGAAUGAGAAGUUGGCUUAGUAUAAAGUGUCUUUGCAACAAUGUGCUGGGUUAAGAAGCAUGGAAGAGAAUUUCUUAAUGUGUUUAACCAUCCUCAGCUAAAAUUUGGUUUAGAACCUUAGCACCCCUGCAGGUAUUUGGUGGAUUCCAACAAUACAUUUCAGAUUGGCAGAAUUUGUCAUUAAUGUAAUGCAUGGGUUGUCACUUUCACUGCAAUGUUGGGUUAUUAUACAUUAUUGAAAUAAGUAAAGUUGGUUUAUUUUACCCUGAACAAAAAAUAAACCACAUGCAACAGUUAAA